GUGCAGUUUAUCUUUAAGGAGGCUAGAGAAAUAAGAAAUGAGCCUCACGUUGCAUGGGUGACAUCACUGGCUUUUGGCUCAGCGCUCUGUAUGCUCGGUCUGUCUGCUUUAGCCAAGGCUGCAGGGCUCGGUGUUUGAACAAGGAAAGAUUCCCAGGUGUACAGAAGAUUGGAUUCGCUCUUAUCUGGGUUAAAAAAAAACGGUGAAAUGAGAUUUCUAAAGCUUGGGGACUUCAGCUCGCCUUCUGUUGCACUUGAUCUCUACAAGAUGGGUGAGUUAUUCCCAUUAGAGAGAAAGGGAGUGGAAAUUUAAGGAGAAAAAAAAAAAAAACAACAAACCAAACCCAAACAUGUCUGAAUAUAUAACUGCUGAUGCUGGGGAUACGAUGCGUAUGAAGAUGCUGAGCUAAAAACCUCAGCUCCAACGUGGAGAUCGGGCCAUAUGGCAGAGAAAUGGUGCAGCCCGAAAGCUGUUGACAACAGUUAGUGGCUGCUUUCCUCUUCUCCCCGCUGUAAGGUGUGUAGCUUGCUUUUUUUUCCCCCUUCCCCUGGUUUGUUUUGGUUUGAUUCCCCAAGACCUCCCUCCCCUCCCCGCUCCUCAGCAUCCUCGCAGCCAGCCCUAGCCCUGCCUGCCCGCCUUCAUCUUGCAGAUGGCUAACGUGCCGCCGUGUUAGGAAAACUGUGCUCAACACCACCACAGCCCAGCGCCGGGGAGGGAGCAAGCUCUUCAGAUACCGGCUGAAUAGAAGGGGGGUGCUGGGUGAGUUUGUGGGUGCGUUCGGGGGGGAAGGAAGCGAGAUGCCGGGCCCGAGGACUGCUGCCGGUGCUGCCUAGCGGGAGGUGCGCGGUCGGCGGCCGGUCCCGCCGGGGCUGCGGCUGCUCCCGCCGCCCCGCAGCCCUCGGCCCGGUCCUCCCCGGUCCUGCCCGGCCCGGCCCCGGGAAGGGAUCUCGGCGUUCCGCUGCCUGGAUGACAGCGCAGACGAGAAAAGCAGGCGAGUGAAUGGCAAGGCGAGGCUGGCGGAGAGAAGGCGAGCCAAGAUGUCAGUGACUGUCAGCGAAGUCUGCUAAGGGAGGGAGAGACCUGCGCGUGCCCGCGCUCCCACAGACAGCCGGGGAGGAUCUGUUCUGGCCACGAUUUAAAACAGCAGCAGCAGCAACAACAGAUUGCUCCCCGCCUUGCGCUCCCUCCCCUUCGACCCCGCUUUAAACCCAAGCAAGUGACGGACCGUCGAGACCAUGCAGAUGACGAUGCUCCCGCUGAGCCACUGACAAAGAAAAGGCAAGUCACCCAUUCCUGAAACCGGGAUAACUGCCCGCCUGCAAGCGGGAGAUCUCUGGCUGUUGAACUUUUCUGUCCUGUGGUGAUGCCGUGGUGAGCCUGCUGAUCUGAAAGAAAGCCAUCUCUUUUGGAUCCUGAGCCGGCCAGACUGAAAGAGAUUAAUGGAGUGAUCAGCAGUAGCUGUCAGUUCUCUCCCAGGGGAUACAUCCCUUCAGCCCCUGUCACUCUGGUGCUUGUGGUGAGGGGAACAGGACAUCUUUGUGAGGGUGGGUCACUGGCACGCUCCCCUUCGAGGUGGAAGUCUGUGUUUCUCCUCUGCAGAGCAGAAGAGGCAGAUGAGACUCCAAGACUGCCACCAGGGCAGAACUUUGUAGUGGUCUCAGCAUCCCUCUGCAUCGUGGAUGUGAGCCACGGGAGUUGGGGAUGUUUGAAGCAGCCUCUGCCAAGUGACACCCAGCAGCUGCUCCAGAGGCUUUUGCGUGGUCUCUCGCUCAAGGGCUUUGCCUGUUGUGAAGAUGUCCAUGGUGUUUCUGUGAAGCUGAGGUAUGGCUGCUGGAAGGUUACUGCUGUACGCUGGCCUCUCUUUAGCUCUGUGUGCCCUGGGCAUGCUGGCUGUGGCGAUCUGCUCUGACCAUUGGUAUGAAACUGAUGCCAGGAAGCACAGAGAGAGAUGCAAGAGCAUCACCACCAAGAGAAAUGAUCCUGGCUUCAUUUAUAACUCCAAUAACAACCUGCCUCUCAGGGCCAGCAGGUCUAGGUUAGACCGUUGGGAAGGGAAACUCCUCUUGGCAAGAAACAGGAGGCAGAUCUUCGCUAUGAGUGCAGUCGAUGAGUGCAACAGACAGUACAACUCGACCAACAUGGGGCUCUGGAGGAAAUGCCACCGACAAGGAUUUGACCAAGAGCUGGAGGAGCUGAUUGCCAAAGGAGCAAUUGAGCGGUGCACAUACAUCAAGUACCACUACUCCUCAGCAACCAUUCCCAAGAACCUUACCUACAACAUCACCAAGACAAUCCGCCAAGAUGAGUGGCACGCCUUGCAUCUGCGCAGGAUGACAGCUGGCUUCAUGGGCAUGGCUGUGGCCAUCAUCCUCUUUGGAUGGAUUAUUGGGGUGCUGGGGUGCUGUUGGGAUCGAGGCCUUAUGCAGUAUGUGGCAGGGCUUCUCUUCCUCAUGGGAGGUACCUUAUGGUAUUCACUACUGAAAUUACUCUUCCCAUCUGUUCUUUGCAAAGGAAAGCAAGAAAACAAAGCAAGCGAAGAUGUCACAUAAAUGGAGUUAAUAACGCCUGUGCAUUUUGAGAGCAUGGAUAGCAGGUUUGUAACUGUGGCUCAAACUGCUUUCAUUUAAUGUAAAAUACAAGACUGUUCUAAUCUAGCCUUGUUAAGUCCCAGAGUCUUACACUGCCCCCAGUAUCAUCUUAUCAUAGAUCCUUACAGCAGCAUAUUGAGUGAAAAGAAUGCCUAACCAGUGCAAAAAGCAAAGCCAACCUUUGAACUGACACCAGAUCACAAUGUGAUAUGAAUUCAAAGAAAAUACACUCUAUGCAGUAAAAGAAACUACAAGGAGUUCAAAAGCAAUGUCUGUGUUAUAAUUAGAAUGUCAGUUAGUAACACAAGAAUAACAACAAUAAUGUAACAAUUUUUAAAACCAUAUCACUUGGGAAAUUUCUGGAAGAUAAAUGCAAUGUGAAGCUGUACAAAACCCAAACUAGCUAAAGAGCUCAUUGGAAUACAUUUGCUGAAAAUGCUUAUACAGAGUUUAUAAGGAAACAUGUUUGGAAGAACUCUCUAAUGUCUUGCAAAACCUAAGGAAGCAGUAUGUAUGACAGGAUCUCCAGCAACCUUUCCCUAAAGGGAGGAGUAAAAAGGUAACCUUUGAAAUAACUGAAAGCUGGGAGACAAUGAAAAAGCUGAACAUCAGAUUUUAUUCUAAUUUAAAAGAAAAAAAAACAACAAAGUAUAUUUAUGCAUUCAUCAGCACAUGAAAACAUCAAGGCCUUUACUUCACAGACCAAUGAAAUGGCCAGUAACAAUUCAUGAGCAAUUGUCAGUAUUAGAUGUGGGAUAUAUCAUUUGGCAGGGAUUGAAGUAGACCAAUUGAUAGUAACUCAGCAGGAUUAUAUUCUUCCUAAGUGGCCAUAUUUUGUGCUCCAAAAUCCAUGAUAAAUUAAUCUUUUAGCUUCUACAGAGGCAAAGAUAUUUCGCUGGUGAAGAGGCAUGGGAAUGGUUCAUCAUAACAGUGAUGAAUCUUUUCAGCCUGCCUUUGCCUGCAACUGAUUCUGUUGCUCUCUCAACUCCACCUAAGUAGAAGGAUAAACCAACUUGCCAUCACAGAGCACUGCCACUGACUUUGGAAGAAGUGAAACUUUGAGCAAACAUACUAAUGUGCUGGGUAUGCAAUCUAAGAUGUCAGCCAGAUGUGUUCAGUGGGCCGUGGUGAUGCACACAAUUGAGUCAAAACAAAAUGAAAAUAGAAGCAUUUAAUAGGAAACCAACUGGGACUCUCUCCUUCAAACUGUGGCUGCUGCUCUUUGAUUACAACUGCCCAAGGCCCCACUCCAUCUGGUCCACGGAUUAGGCUGUCACUGCCUCAGUGAAAAAUGAAUCAUUGUUACAGAUGUAACUGUAGUUUUCAGAAGCUCUUCUGAAUAUAGGAUCAUCUGGCUAUAGAAUGUAACCAGGACGGCAUAUAGCAGCAGCUGGAUUUUCAGGUAGGUGAUAUCUUAACGUAAACACAGGUAAGUAGUAUGCAACAUUACAUUCCAGGACAGACAGAAAUCAAGAAAAGCCUUAAAACUUACAGUGUCUCAUCCCGAUGUACAACAGGGAUAAAUGGAGAGAAUAUGACAUUUAUUCUGGCUAUUGAACAAUGAGCAUUAAUGUCUGCUAGAAUCAAAAUGCUGGACUGGAGAUUCUCAUGGCUUAAAUCACUCAGAUUCUGUCUGCAGAAGUGGAAAUACCUGCUUGCAGGUGUAAGCCCAGAAGAGGUUAUGUAUUACCAGCAAGCUGGUUGAUGGCUACAUCUCUUCCAAAUAGAUGCUGCUUAUCGUGGCACACACACACCAUGAGAAUGUCUGCGCUAUGCAUUUGGUCUCUCUCUUUCUCUCUCCCUCUCUGUAUUGUACUAUUUGCUAUGCAAAGUCCCUUAAUAUGUAGCAGCGCCAUAGUAACAACAUGAGCUCAGAGAUGAGUGGCCUUAGCUUGCAUCAGCAGGACUUUCUUAAGGGUCAUUUUGUCUGUUGCCCUGCUAUAUUUAAAACUUAGGGUCCAGGGCUGCUCACCCUAACCACAGAAUCACAGAAUGGUUUGGGUUGGAAAGGACCUUAAAGAUCAUCCAGUUCCAAUCCCCCUGCAACAGGCAACGACACCUUCCACUAGACACUUCCACAAUGGCACCUGCAUUUACUGAAUCCAAAUAGGUUGGGAGUGAGUGCAGAGCCUUUUGAAACCUGUCUGUGCUAAAGGAACAAGUUCCUGACAAGAUUGCCACAGAGCAAUUUAAUGGGUUUCUGCAGCUGUUCAAAAGCUGUGAAUAUUUCUAUUCAUUCCCUUGGAAAAAAAGGUUAAUAAACUUUGAGAAUCAGGGAAUAUUUCUAUGUAAUAGCUCAGUCAUGGGAAGAGGGGGCAGGGUGUAAAGGUGGUGGUUUUUUGCUGCAGAAAUAUGCUAGGCACAGUCCUGAAUUUCCUUCUAGGGAUGGUGAAGUGCAUGUUGUGUUCUGCGUACAGAAGAGCCAAAGAAGAGCAAGGAAGGGAAGAAAGGGGAGAGAUUAUUCUUGUGCAGAGUUUCUCUGAGCUACCCAACAAAAAAACCUGCCAGUGGGAUUCAGAUCUUUCUCCAACACAGUGAAGCAAGCACUCAUUUCUGACAUGACUACCCCGGGGACUCACACCUCUAGACAGAGCUGGAAAUGAGGGCUAGAGAAUCCAUCAUGAACUUUCUCUGCUCUCACAGGUAGGAACUUUCUUUGAUUAGCUUUAGUGGCUGCAGUGCUCUCUUACACAGGAUGGUGGCCAGGGGUGGAACAGAGAAAGAGCUCUGUCUGCAGCCAGCCUGUGCCCAUGGCUUGUGGGGAGAGAAGAGCUGGAGGGUGAUGAUCCUGUAAGGCUGGGGCUUCAAUCCCACAGCCUGAUCUGGAGAGACAGGCCUGCUGCCAUCCACCAAGGAAAAGGGCUCUUCCCCACCUUAAAUCAUGCUUGGUGUUCAGGUGCUGUAGAAUUAAAGUAAAGCAAAUUAUAACCUCCCUCGCUGUGCCAGACACAAGAGAUUUACAGCCUGGGUUUUUCUCAUCAGCUGCACAAAAGCUAUGCACUGAUAUUAAUCAUGUGUAGAAAGCGGGGAGGCAGACUACAAUCAGUAACAACCUUGCCUCACUCUAGCAGGAACACAGGCUUACAUUGGUGUGACAAACACACAGCUUCUACACAGCAAUAAAUCUGGUCUCUUUGCAAUAAAAGCAGCUAUCUGCAUUUUACUUGCACAGAAGCACUUGAAGACAUACGACCACCUUGAUGGCAAGAGGUAUGAAUGACAGCACUGCUAUUUUAUACCCUCAGCCUAUCCUUAGCUGAGUCACGAAUGCCAGAAUAACCAGCAGGCAGAGGGGUCUCAAUUCUUCAUCACGAUAAGGAUGACAGAACGACUACACUGUCUGUUUCUUUUGUGCAUGCAUAGGCAUAUAUCCUUUACGCUACCAUCACGAAAAACUCUUCUCUGCCCUUGUACAGUGCUGAUACAGGACUUAGUGGAGAUGCACAUGGGGUCAUCCACUUCAGCCAUAUGAGGCUUACCUAUGGCCUACCACAUGGCUACAAUUAGCUUUCAGACCAUGAAUUUGAAUAAAGCCCCACUGGUACUAAGUGGUGACUGUGAGCAGGACUUCUGUUCCUGAUUCUGAAGCUCCCACGCAAAACUACAUAUCAAAUGAUGAAACCAGUAACUUCAGCAAAAUGAAUAUAUAUGGUCAAUCUCAUUGCCAGAGAAACAGUAACAACAGAAAAACAGCAGUCCAGAUGAGGUAGCUAAGAUGAGGACCUGAGGACAGAUUGUGCUGGACAGAAGACUAAAUCAUUCUCUGGCCUUGUCAGUUGUAGGUUAUUGCCAAGCAAUGGACAAAAAUAUCUAUAUUAUUUCACCCAUAUUCUCUGGCUUAGAAGAGCAAUUAGACAGUUGAGCAUGUGGCUUUCCUAAAGUUACAAACAAGUAUGUCCCUGAAGCACAGUCAUGUAUCUGAGGCCACCAGGCCUGGCACUGGUGGUAGAGGCACAAUGACAUUUUUACUCUUCAAAAAUGGGUUAGACCUGAGCAACAGGGAUUAGGUACUCACCCGUCUUCACACACAAUUUGUGUGAUAAUUUUAGGUGACACAUCACCAGUCAAGUAUUAGAAUUGCAGAAAAGCUUUUUGAAGGACUAUAUUUUUUUCCCCUACAAACCAUCUAGUAAUCAGAAUAAAACGAAACACGUAUUCCAGCCUCCUCUGAGCAGUUUUCUGAAAAAGGUAGCAGUCAUUUUAAUUGGCCUAUAAUACAUAAUACACUAUAUAAUCUAGAGGAUGUUCAAGAUCAACGCUUUAUGCUCUCAUUUUCCAGUACACAUACUCUAAUACCUCCUUCUAUUGAUAUGACAUGCAGAAAACUAGGACAGCUAAAAGAGAAGUACCUGGUGUGCACAGCAGCAUGGCAGGUGUGAUCUACCUUGAGGGUGAUCAGACAGCCACAACCAAGAACGAGGACAUACAUGUCUGCCAAGGGGGAUUUCAGAAUGAAUGCUGCGUCCUAAGUAAAGCCAAGUAAUGAGACAAGCGCACAAUCUGUUAUUGUUGUCUGCAGUGUUUCUGCCUUCUAAGAGCAGUUCUCUUAAAAAUGCCCCAUCUCAAAAUCACCAGCCCAAAUUCUCAGACAUCA